UAGACUAAAAGAUAAACCAUAUCCCAAGAGUAAACAUUCUUGGGCAUUUUCUUCUUGUGUUUCUUCUUGGGUUUCUUCUAAACAAUUAGUUCAUAAUCUCCAACAUCUGUCUCUUUCCAUCCUUUCUAUCCCAAGCAUGGAGAUUGAAGAACUCAUGGCAGAAAGCAUCCAUGGUGACUCAACAAUAGAGGGACACCAUGGAGAAAACUAUGCUAGGAAAAUGUUUCAAGCCCUGGUGAGAAAUCCAUCUGUGCGAAGAUAUGCUUCGGAUGUUUCAGAUGAGUCGCUCAACCGAACCAAAUCCAUUAAGAUGCUCCAGAUGGGCGUCGAUAGGAGCGACCCCGCUGAGACCAAAUUUGCCUGGCUGCGUUCACAGCUGGUUGGAGCCGAAGUCGAGUUCGAUACUCCAUAUGGGAAACGCCUUCUUACCUAUGCCGAUCACACUGCUUCUGGGAGGGGUCUUCACUAUAUUGAAGAUUACAUUACCAAUGAUGUUCUUCCCUACUAUGGUAACACUCACACUGGUGAUAGUUUCGUUGGACACAGAACGACCAAGAUGGUGCAUGAAGCAACAGAAUACAUCAAGAGCUGCUUAGGGGGUGGCGUUGAUGAUGCACUCAUCUUCUGUGGCUCCGGCACCACCGCAGCUAUCAAGCGCCUCCAAGAGGUGAUGGGAAUUGCAGUUCCCUCGAUCAUGAGAGAAAGAAUGCUGAAGACCCUAAGGAAUGAGGAGAGAUGGGUGGUGUUUGUUGGGCCAUUUGAGCACCACUCAAAUGUCUUGUCAUGGCGACAGAGCCUAGCGGAGGUGAUCGAGAUUGGUAUCAAUGAAGAUGGCUUGCUAGACAUGGCAGCUCUGAAACUCCAACUCGAGACUUACAAGUCCUCCAAUCGUCCUAUGUUGGGUUCAUUCUCUGCCUGUAGCAAUGUCACCGGAGUCUAUUCUGAUACACGCGCCAUCGCUCGGCUUCUUCAUCAACAUGGUGCCUUCGCAUGCUUUGACUUUGCUGCGAGUGGUCCAUACGUGGAGAUCAACAUGCGAUCAGGAGAGCUGGAUGGGUAUGAUGCUCUUUUUCUUAGCCCACAUAAGUUCCUCGGUGGCCCUGGAACCCCUGGUCUCCUUCUGAUGAGCACCGCCUUGUAUCAGUUGAGAUUUUCUCCCCCUUCAACCUGUGGAGGAGGAACUGUGAGCUUUGUAAAUGGCUUCUCUGAAAGGGACACUUUGUAUUAUGAAGACAUAGAAGAGAGAGAAGAUGCAGGGACCCCACCAAUCAUCCAAAAGAUUCGAGCAGCACUAGCUUUCUGGGUGAAGGAGUACAUUGGUUACAGUGUGAUUGAAGAACAAGAACAUUUAUAUGUAAAUGCAGCUCUGAGAAGGCUUCUCCCCAAUCCAAACAUCUGGGUGCUGGGGAAUACCCGAGUAAAGCGACUAUCAAUUAUCUCUUUCCUUAUUUUCACCACCUCAAAUUCAUCCACAGAUGUGGGUGAAGAUGGUAGAAGAGUGAGAGACAGAGGACUCAACAUGUGGAGAGAGUAUGGGAACAAGAAAGACAAGCCUCUCCAUGGGCCAUUUGUCGCCAAGCUCCUGAACGAUCUCUUUGGCAUACAAGGCAGAGGUGGGUGUGCUUGUGCUGGCCCUUAUGGUCACCUUUUGCUUGAUGUCAAGGAGACUCUUUCUCUUGCCUUCCGAUCUGCCAUCCAGAAGGGCUAUGCUGGUGUCAAACCUGGAUGGACCAGAGUUAGCUUCCCCUACUACAUGUCCAUGGAAGAGUUCGAGUUUAUCAUAGCUGCAAUGGAAUUCAUAGCGAUAUACGGCCAACGCUUCCUUCCUCUGUAUCAUUUCAAUUGGAAAACUGGCAACUGGAUUUUCAGAAAAAGAGCAUUUGUUGAUAAUCAAACAGGAGAGGAGCGUCCUCUUGACUUCAGUAAAUUGGCAUUAGCUCAAAAGAAGGCUACUGGGGUGGUUAAUAAGUAUGCAUCCUACUUAGAAGCUGCUAAGAUUAUGGCAAAUUCCCUCCCAAAGUUUCCUCCACCUCGUAAGGUGCCCAAAGACAUAGAUCUCAGCCUCGUUCACUUCAGGGUCUAGCUCCUCUCUGGUGUCUUUUUGUGGAGGAAUAAGCAUUCACAUCAAAGCAAAGCAACUAAAGAGCAGAAAGAGGAUUACAUCGCGUAAUCCUUGGAUUCCUCUGAAUAAGCAAAUAAAAUAUAGGAACAGAAGAAAUUACUUCUUGUAAUCAUUUUACUCAGAAGAUACCACAAUUUAAUAGCAUGUUAGUUGUGCUCUGAGCUAUUCAUGCUUUGCAUUUAGUCAUCAAGAAAAUAGGCUUUUUUUUUUUAAUU